UGCCAGGCCCUGCAGGUGGCCGGGUCGCAGGCCGGCCGCGGGAGCAGCGGUAACUUUACCCGCUGGCGACAGCAGCUGGUCGGUAUCUCGAGGCCGGGCUCUCGGCGACCCAAGGGGCCGGGUUUCGUACAACCAAGGCCUCCAGCUGACAAAUCUCGGGCCAGGGUCCUUGAGGACUGGCGGAUAUGGCUCGUGGACAGCAGAAGAUUCAGUCUCAGCAAAAAAAUGCCAAAAAGCAGGCUGGACAAAAGAAGAAACAAGGACAUGACCAAAAGGCUGCUGCCAAAGCUGCCUUAAUAUAUACCUGCACUGUCUGUAGGACACAAAUGCCAGACCCUAAGACCUUCAAGCAGCACUUUGAAAGCAAGCAUCCUAAGACUCCACUUCCUCCAGAAUUAGCUGAUGUUCAGGCAUAAAGUUGUUUACAGGUGAAUUCAUGACACCUUUGACUCUUCUACUGUCUCAGACCUUAGGUAACAAACCUGCAGCUGCUUUUCUAACAAACUGUUGAUCAGCAAAAAUAAAGGGGCUACAGAAACACUCAUUUUUAUGCUGUUCCCUUUUGGGCUUCAUGCAAAGACAAUUCUGUGUAAAUGUACAGUUGACUCUGAUUUGGAAAUCUGAAAAUCAGUCCAUCCUUGUUAUAAAAAUUUUUUUACAAUUGUAAUUAUAUUGAUGUUCAUAUUGUGUAAAAUAACUCAUUUAAUAAAGUAGUACUUUGAUUUUACAACAUCACAGGAUAAAUGGUUCUACAGAUUCUGUUCUAACUUUCCUUAUUUGCCUUAUAAAAAUCUAAUGAAUUCAGCAGCUAGAAUUACAAACGCAACUUUUAUCUCCCUUUCUCAGCUCAGUGCAGGUUCCUUAAACUAAAGCAGACUCAUUCAUUUAAAUUGUGCAUGUAAUUUUAUUGGCAGCUGAUGAUUUAGGUGAAGAAUGACUUUAUCUGCUGCCUUAGAAUAUUGCAGUUAAGUAUUAUGCCCCCAAUGAUCAUUUCACAUGUUUAGAAUUGACAAAUUUAAAUUUCCUGUAUGAAUUGAUUGGGCGUAGCUACCAGUCAGGGGUACCCUAUAGAAAACUAAUACAUUUGUAAAAACAAUUGGAUUAUCAGUGAGUCCUUCUAAAAAAUAAGUUUCUGAAGUAUAUGUCAAAACAAAAAUAAUAAUUAGUCCUAUUGUUUAAUAGAAAAUAUGAUGGAAUAAAUGUGAAUUGGUAAAAAGAUUUUUUAUAAAUUAUAGUGGAUUUAUUUGCAGAUUGUUCUAGCUCUUUAAUUUUAAAUUGAAGCAUAAUUUUUGAAGGAGUUUUAGGAACUUAUUAAUUAUUUGGCCAAUUUUAUGAAUGAAUUUUUGCAUUAACAGGAAUUGGAAUUAUUUGUGAUUGGUUAAUUCCCAGAAUCCUCUCUAUUGAAACGUUGAAUUUAGGAAUUGGCAUUCUGGUGGUUCCUAAAAUCAGACUAUAUAUUAUAGUAUGACUUCCAUUCAAACUAGAAAAGUAUUAAAAUCAACCAGUAUGCUCAAUCUUUGGGGACUAAGCAUGGGAGGUGCUUUUGUUCAGUUGGAUCAAGUAAAUGCUACCCAGUUAAAGAAAACUCAACUUUAGUGUUCUUUUAAUUUGCUUUUGUCAACUAUUAACUUGUACAAAUGAAACUGCUGUAACUCAGUUUAAAUUUUAAAAUUAACAUAAUAGGAAGAACACUAAAAUAUUUACUGCUAACUGCUUAGAGCCACAUAUCUGAUCCUGUGGAUUACAAAAUGCAUUCCCUCCUUCUGCUGUAACUCAUUGCUGCAUUUGUUUUGUAGCUCCACAUACUCUGCCCACCUUGUUUGUCUUCACUGAAAGUUUAAAAUAAGAUGUUUGCAAGGAAAAGCUUCAGUGCUGAUAGUUUCUUAGCAACUCCUAUUCUUAGACCCUUAUUUUUAAAAUCAGUUCUUUUGUUUCAUGUAUUUAAUUCCCUAAGUUUCAGACUUAAUGUUGUUUCCUAAUAUGUCAAUUGCCAGAACAUUAGUUCUACCUAAUUUCUUGUGGUGGUUAUUGUAGAAGUUCUGGUUAAAUUUCAGUUUAUAAGUUUUUGAAAGUGCUUUGAGCAUAUGUGUGUUUAUUUUUAGUAACAAAUCAUUUAAAACCCAUUCACAAAUUUUGGUUUAAAUUUUUUUUCAUUUGUUUUACUGACUGUAAUUCAGAAUAAAAUUUUUUGUUCUUGUAUUUAACCCUUUUUUUAUAAGCAGCUGAAGACACCAUAUUUAACUCUGUAUCUCAGUGAUAGGGAAAUAGUCUGAUUGAUCUUAUAAGACAUUAAUUCUCAAUAUGGGGAUUAUUAGUACAAUCCCCUUUUUGUGUUUUGAGUUAAAUCUGCUAUAAGAAAAAAAAAUUCCAAGUCUUAAAUAUCUUUGUUUAUUUAAUUUGAAGAUUCUUUAACAGAUAACAGCAAAGUUUAUUUAAAAACUGUUAUGGUGUCUUCAAAGACUUGAUAAAAUACACUGAGAGAAUUGCCAUUCUGUAUUUACAUUAGUUGCCAAAAGAAACGGGGUUAAGAUUAAACUUGUUUCCAUUCUCUUCAAAUGGAUAUCCCCAUGUUUAAUUGACACACUGGGGCCUCAGUUGUGUGCUGUAAUGUCUUAUUAAAGAAGAUAUUAAAGAAAACUAAA